UAAAUGUGACCAGGCAGUUGUACCAGUCAUUUGCAUGGGGGGCGCUUGGUUAAUUUCAUUAUUUCUGGAUUUUUGUUACAUGAUUGAAGUUUUUUUUAGCUUGAAUAGGAUUUGAGGUCCAAUUUUAAUAUAUUAGCUUGGUGGGUUUUCUUGCUUUUUGUCCAAGUGCCCCGACAAAGAAGACUACAAUGGCAACAAUUGCAAGAAUAUGCCUGCAGUCAUUACUUAAAUUAGUGAAUUCAGUUUUGGGAAUGGUUGGAAUUGCAAUGGUUUUGUAUGGUCUUUGGAUGGUUAGAGUUUGGCUGAGGGACAUGGACAGUUCAUCCGUUGAUCAAUAUAAUGCUGCUGCUGCUGCUGCUCCAUGGUUUAUAUGCACUUUUCUUGGCGCUGGUGUUUUCUUGUGUGCCAUUACAUGCAUAGGUUAUCUUGCUGCAAAAUUUGCACAUGGUUGUUGCCUCUCUUGUUAUAUGUUGAUCAUCUUUUUGGUUCUUCUCUUGGAGACUGCGAUGGCUGCAGAUAUACUCCUAAAUUCAGACUGGGAGAAGGAUUUACCCUAUGACCCUACAGGAAAGUUCCAUGAUUUCAAAGAUUUCGUGAAGUCAAAUUUCGACAUGUUUAAGUGGAUAGGCUUGUUGAUCGUCUUAGCACAGGGGUUUUCAAUCUUAUUGGCAUUGGCUCUAAAGUCUGUAGAGCCAAACCAAGGAUCGAGCUAUGAUAGCGAUGAAGAGUGUCCCCCAGCACGACUCCCACUCAUAAACCCUAAUGUUGAACCGCUGGAAUAUAUCGUUGCAGCCAAGAAUAAUAAUUGGAAUUCAAACAAGUGAAGAGAUCAAAGAUACUUGAGCUUUGUGAAAGAAGUUUAUGGAAUAUGCAGUUACUGGUUGACAUAGUACUUAUGAUACUACUAAUUGUCAACAGAAGCUUGUGAGAGAUGGGUUUCAAGUCUGGAUAUGUUAAACCAUGUUGUCCUCUGUCUUUGGUUCUGCAUUAUGGAUCUUCAUGUUGUCUGCUUAGCUACCUCAGUUCACUUCUUUUGGUUAAAUAAAAUAUCUUUUCCA